CAAUGUUCCAGGAACUUCACAUUCGAGCGGCUGCAAACGUAGCAGUUUUAUGUCCGCAUCGUUCGCGUUAGGACAUUAGUGAUUUCGUGCGCUGUUCGGGUUACUACAUUCGACGUGUUCGAAAAUACUCGUACUCGUAUUAUUUUUCCUAUACCCUUUAACCAUGAAAAUAACUCGUCGUCGUAGUACAAUGUGUUUCCGCGUUUUUACUAUUUUUUUUCAACGGUGAGUGUUUUUAAUUUUUUUCCAACUGAGAUUUUUUUUCCUGAAAAUAUAAAAUACUCGCGGUGGUGAAGAUAAAAAAAUCGCGAGAAAAAAUAAUUAUUAUGCAGAUUUAUUCGUCGUGUUUUGCGACAGCACACGUCGUCGUCGUUGGUUUGUUCGUUAUCGCAAUUCGAGUUACUAAUUAAUCUUCGUUACGCGUAUAUACGUUUGUCAUCAUUCGAGGAAAUUUUUUUUACCCCGAUGAGAAUUUUUUUUCACAUCGUUGCCAGCGAGUUAUCGCGUAGCUUGUGAUCCUGGGGCACAAUGAACCAUACAACCAUCACGGACACCAACUACAACAAGAAUCGCUCAACGUUGAAAACCGAGCUCUACUCGUACUUUCAAAUCACCACGUAGGUACUAUGUGCAUCUGACACGACGUUGCAAAUUAUGGUACCAGCAAAUCUGAUCAUCCUAAAAAUCAUCCUGUUCACGGUACUAACGAAUGGUUAUUACAUCAAUAAUCCAAUAUUCAUAUGCCAACGUCGAGACGAUCACAUGGAGAGCUACGAAAUCAUCUUAGAUCAGAACGAUACAAUGGUCAUUACAAACUGCACCGAUGUUAGCACGAUCGCCGCAAUCAUCGAUCAUUUAUACGAGUCAGCUUUAGGAACCACUUUAACGAUACAGUUCAACAGCCCCAGUAUUCUACACCAGGUAGCUAGAUUGAGAAACAUCAGCGAUCUAGAUCUAAGAGACAAUAACUUAACUGAGAUUGAUUUACGAGAAUUCGGUCGAUUGAGGAAUUUGGAUAUGGGAUCGAAUAAAGUACGAUCUUUAGCAUCUGUGAAGCUGAACGAGAGUGUGACGCUGGACUUUUUAGAUAUGUCGCAUAAUAGGUUGCUGAAAUUCGAGCAUUUGCUGUUGCCUAGGGUACGUAAACUGUAUUUGUGUUCGAAUAAUAUAUUCGAAUUACCGUCCAAUAUCAGCUUACCGGAGUGUUUGGAUGAGCUGGAUUUGACUCGAAAUGAAAUCGAGAAUUUAACCGAUGUGAUAAUUCGUUCGAAAACGCUUAGAAGGCUCGACCUGAGUAUAAAUCUGAUCAAUGGGAUUACCUACACUGUAAUCGAACACCUGCCUAAUUUAGAAUCGCUUAUACUCGAAUGCAACAAGAUCCUCGAUCUCGAACCUGGCACUUUUUCCAAGAAUACCAAACUAAUCGAACUGAACCUACGAGAUAAUAAUUUAUCGACUAUCAAAAAAGGAGUAUUCGAGAACCUGAAGAACUUGCAGAUUUUAGAGCUAUCGAAAAACAAUCUAUUACGACUUACGCCGGAAAUCCUUCAAAAUCUCAAUAACCUGGUCGAGUUCUCGGUCGCAGAGAACCGUAAAUUAUGCGAAUACGCUUGUAAACGUAACCUAGAGUUCUUACUCGUGCUAGGGAGUCGUUUACAGACAUUGAGGAUCAAUGAUCUGCGCAUGAGUAAAUUCCCAACCACGUUGACAACCUCGAUAAGAUAUUUAGACCUAUCGCGAAAUAAAUUGAACGCCGUCCAGUUGGGAAAUCUGGAGAAUUUCCCUCAUCUCAGAGUGCUGUCGUUAACAUCGAAUGAAAUCGAAUCAGUCGAGACGCAGGUAUUUUCGAAUAUGGAAUUCUUGACGAUAUUGGAACUGAAUUAUAAUCGAUUGAAGAAGAUCCCGCCAUCGUUACCAUCUUCCUUACUCACACUGAGACUAGACCAUAACAGUAUAAGUUGUCUGGAGAAAGGCAGUUUUAAUGGAUUGGUGAAACUUCGAGAGUUGUAUCUGGAGUCGAACUCCAUCGAGAGUAUCGAACCAGGUUCGAUGCUACCUUUACGUAGCCUUCAAACUUUGGAUAUCUCGAAUAAUCCUAUUCUGAAGCUCAGCACAGAUGCUUGGGAAGGUCUAAAUAGUCUGAAAGUGCUGGUGGCCACAGAUAUAAAGCAAAUAAGUAUCAACGUGACCGACGUACGUUAUUUUCCCACUUCUGAGAUGAGAAACCUACGAACGUUGAAUUUAACUAGAAGUUCAUCGUUGGUACGUUCGUUUCUAGCCGAUUUGCCUCUGCUGGCGACUGUGAAACAGUUGGAGAUUCUGGACUUUAGUUAUACGAAUCUGAGCUCGAUACCGGGUCAAAUACAAAACUAUCUUCCACGUCUGAGACUGGUUCGAUUGCGAGGUAAUCCGGUGAACUGUUCUUCGAGCUGGUUCGGUUCGCGAGAUUACUACUAUCGCGAGAUGUACGUGAAUAGGACGAAUUACGAGUUGAAAGUUCGACUUGCCAGGCCUUCUACGUUGACCUUUAAUGGGCCAAGCGAACGGUGCUGUGAUUACAGGAAUUUCGCCCUUCAUAGAGUACCUAGUGAGCAAUUUUGGAGUAAUAUUAACCAAACGCGUACGUCGAAACCGCCCUCGAAGUCAACGUCGGCAGUCCGCUUCCUUCCGUCCGAUAGCGUUUUAACAACGCCUCCUCGGCCAAAUUACUUGGAUAAUAGCUCGUUAGGUUGGCCCUCGCCUUCGCACCAGUCUGAAGUCGAGACGAGAAGCCCGCCAUCUACGUAUCCGGCCGAGGUGGCGGCUCGCUAUCACGUGCAGCAGUCUACGCGUAAAAAACUCAACACGAGAUCGCUUCAUAUAGCUCAAUUUAGCAAGCAAAACGCCACUAAUCAAACCAACAGCAGCAGCCGGCUAUCGACCAGCGUCGUUUUACCAACAAUAGAAAUUAAGUUACCAUCCGCCUCGGUAGCCGUCACCGGAAUAACAACGAGUCUCCCUGUCAUCGCCUCGCCCUCUACGCCCAACACGCGAUUCGAGCCGGCCACCACGAACGUUACCUUUUUAAAUAAUACCACCGAACCUUCGCUGCCCACCGAGGCCCAGCUAAGCUACCCAGUCGACAUGACCACCGUCGCAUCAGCAAUCGUUCGAAAUUACAGCCUUACUCCAUCGUCGUCGUCGUCAUCUUUGUCGCCGAAAACCAGCGUCGAGACGACCUCGUUAGUCGUUUCACCACCUUCAACAACGACAGCCACGACUCACCAUACCCAUCACCCUCAACACAAUCUGCAAAAAACCACCUCAACUCUAAUUCCAUUUUCCAGCACGGUGACCGGCGUCGCCAUCGGCACGUAUAAAAACCAUUCGCACGCUUCGACGAAUUCGACGACCAAAGGUCAUCACGAGCCAUUAAUCUGGAAUCAAACUAGCAUCGACUACCCCGCAUUCUUCGACUGGUUUCCAGGUCAAAAUGAUUCUGCCAACGAUGCCGAUCUAGCCGAACGUUCGAUCAAAGCGCAGCAAGAAGCUGAUAUCCAAUACACGCAUCCCGGUUUGGUAAUUUUCUCCGCUAUAACGUGCUUUCUACUCGUCAUUUUCGUAUCCCUUAUCGCUCCGCCGUACGUGCAAAAAUAUCGAUGGCGAAGGAAACGCUAUAAAAUGUCGCAAUUCGAUAACGAAUGUCAAAGAAGUAUAGAAAUAAGCAGUAUAUCGGCUUUCGUCGAAACCGAAAUACCAUUAGAAUAGUCGAGUGAUUCUCAAAUGUACCUACUACGUUCGUUUUCGUUUCCAGUUUCUUUACUUUUUAUUUUCCGUCUCGUUUUAUUGUUUCGUUUUGGUAUUUUCUCGUUUUUUUUUUUUUUAUUCCAUCGUACCUAUCUUUUUUUCUUAUUAGGCCUACGCGGAUCGUAUUUUGAUACCGAUAUUUUUCGUCGCCACAAAUUCGAGAGAAAUUUCAAAGUGUAGUUCGUAAAAUUUUUUGUUUCCAUUUUGAAAUGAUGUUUGGAAUAUGGAUUUGAAAAAUGGAAUGGAUGAAUCGCUUCGAGGGAUUAAUGUGAAAUUAAAAUUAAUCAAUUCAAAAACUACCUAUUCGUGUUAAUGAAUUAAUUUUUUAAGAAUCUUGUAAUCAAAAAUGAGCAAUGUUUGAUCAUUUUUAUUUCAUUCAUUUCAGAGUGAACGAAUCAAACCCAUACUCCAAAAAAUAUUGAAGCAUAAUAUUGUGACAUAAUUCCAAUCAUUUGAUAACCGUUCGCGAAUGACCCAAAAUGAUCCAUUCGGUCACUAAUUCUGCUAAAAUGAUUCAUUAUGCUAUCUCGAUGUCUGAAAUUACUUCGUUCAUUGGGCAAGUCGUUCGCAAAUGAUUCACAUUGGUUCCCAGUCUUUCGUGAAUAAUUCGUCGAUUCAUCAUAGAAUUAUUGUUCUUGAAUGAUUUAUUCAUUAUUGGCUAUUUUCAUGUUUUAGAAAUUAUUUAGAUCGCUAGACAAGUCGUUCGCGAACGAUUUGUUCAUCAUUGAGUCGUUCGCGAAUGAUUCAAUCAAUCACAAAACUGUUUUUGAAUUAUUUGUUGAGCUUUGAGCUCUCUCGAUGUUUGAGAUGGAUUUGUUGACUUGACGAGUCGUUCGCGAAUGAUUCGUUCGGUCACUGAAUCGUUCAUGAACGGUUUGAGCCAUCCUGAAAUUGUUUUUCAUUGAUAUAAAUACGCGCCUUAUAUAUAAACUGAUCUCUUUGGAAAUUCGAAAACAGUUUCAUUCACUAGACGAGUCUUUCGCGAACGAUUUGUUCAUCAUUGAGUCGUUCGCGAAUGAUUCAAACCAUCACAAAAUUAUUUUUGAAUAAUUUAUUGAGCUCUCUCGAUGCUUGAGAUGGAUUUGUUGACUUGUUGAGUCGUUCGCGAAUGAUUCGUUCGGUCACUGAACCGUUCGCGAACGGUUUGAGCCAUUCUUAGAUUGUUUUUAAUUGAUUUAUUGAUCUCUUUGGAUAUUCGGGAACAGCUUCAUUCACUAGACAAGUCGUUCGCGAACGAUUCAUUAGGUCACCCGUUCGUGAAUGAGUCGAUCCAUUAUAAAAUUUUCCUGGGAUAAAUGAUCGAGCUCCUUCGGUACUUGAAAUAAAUUUGUUCAUUGGACGAGUCGUUCGCGAAUGAUUCAUUCGGUCACUGAAUCGUUUGUGAGCAGUUUUUGCCAUCAUCCAGGAUGAUUUAUUGGGCUUUUUAGGUGUUUGGAAUGAGUUUCUCAACUUGACAAGUCGUUCGCGAAUGAUUCAUCCGAUUACUGAAUCGUUUAUGAAUGAUUUGAUCCGUUACGAAAUCUUUCUAGAAUGUUUUGUCCAGCUUUUCACAUGAUUUUUGGAAUGUUUUUUUUACCGCCAGGAGUGUUGUUCGUGAAUGAUUCAAUCCAUGAUGAAAUUAUUCUUUUUGUUCUUCUGACGAAUCGUUCGCGAAUGAUUCGAUCGAUGAUGAAUGAAAUUAUUCUAGAAUGAUGGACCCAGCUCAUUCGAUGUUUGGAAUGAAUUUGUUCUUCUGACAAGUCGUUCGCGAGUGAUUCGUUUGAUCAUUGACUCGUUCGCGAAUGAUUUGAUCCUUGAUGAAAUUUUUCUUGAAUGUUUAUCGAGCUCAUUGGAUGUUUGGAUGAAUUUGUUCUCCCGACGAGUCGUUCACGAAUGAUUCGUUUGAUCACUGAAUCGUUCGCGAAUGAUUCGAUCCGUAAUGGAAUUAUUCUCGAAUUUUUAUCAAGCUGCUUCGAUGUUUAGAAUGAAUUAAGUCACUUGAUGAGUCGUUCGCGAACGAUUCGUUCGGUCAUUGAAUUGUUCACGAAUGAUUCAAGCCAUCAUAAAAUUGUUCUCAAAUGAUUUACUUCGAAAUGAUUUUUCACUUUUUUUUGCCACACAUACCGUUCGCGAAUGAUUCGAUUAAUCACUGAAUCAUUCUUGAAUGAUUCGAUCCAUCAUCAAGCUCUUUUUGAGAUCGAUCGAGCUCUUUCGCAUUUAGUAAGGAUUUUUUCAUUUGACGAGUUAUUCUAGAAUGAUUCGUUCGUUCACUGAAUCGUUUGGGAACGGUUUGAAUCAUCAUAAAAUUGUCUUCAAUCAAACUUACUAGCAAGCUCUUUCGAUAGCUGAAAUGAUUCUGUUCACCAGAUGACAUGUCGUUUUUGAAUGAUUUGAUCAGUAAUAAAAUUUUCUUGGCUCUUUUUACAUAUGUUUGGAAUGGAUUUGUUCGAUCGGAGAGUCGUUCGCGAAUGAUUCAUUUGAUCAUUGAAUCGUCAAGCUUGUGAAUAAUUCAGUCUGUCAUAAAAUUGCUCGUGAAUGAUGCAUUCAGCUCUUCCGUUGCUCGGGAAUUGUUUUGUUCAUUAGACAAGUCGUUCGCGAAUGAUUCGUUCAGUCACCUGACCGUUCGUGAACGAUUUGAACCAUCAUGAAAUUUAUCUCGAAAAACUGACGAGCUCUUUAGAUGUUUGGUAUCUAUGAAUUUGUACGCUCUACAAGUCGUUCGCGAACGAUUCGUUUGGUCACUGAAUCGUUCACGAAUGAAUCGAUUCAUCGCAAAACUUUGCAAAUUAUUCAUGGGUUCACUAAAUCAUUCUUAUGAAUUAUUCUACAACCAAACGCAUCAUCCGUGAACGAUUCACUCCUUUGUGAUAAAGUUUCAAUGAUUCAUUUGCUAGAAGAUGAAAAUUGUUCGUCUUGAAACAUUCUUCAAGCAAUCAGAAUGUGAUUCAGAAGUGAUUCAUUCAUUUCAAUAAAUUGAAAAGCAGACCCAAAUCAUUCGUUACUAUAAAAUUUUGUAAUUUCCAAUAAAAUUAAUAUAUGAAACAAAUAAUUCCAUACUUUUUUAUACUUAUUCAAUGAAUUUUUGUUUAUUAAUAUCAUUGAUUCGUACGUAAAAAAUCCACGAAAUUGGUUAUACUUGAAAAACCAACCAGUCAAAUAGAUUUCACGCGAAUGAAGUUCACAUUAAAACAAUACCAAAGGGCAAAUUCGUUCAAAAUUCAAUAAGAAAAAACACACUCGAACAUAAAUUUUAAAAAAUUCUACACCUGUACCUACUCUAAAAUCUAUACCAAAAGAAAAGAAAAAAGAAAAAGAAACCGAACAGGAAAUACAACUCCCUCGAUGCAUACCUAUAAUUUAUGAUAAUUUUAAACAUAAAAACGGUAAUAUUUAACGUUAGCCGGUAUACCUAUUGAAAAAUAAUGAAUCUUAUUGGCAAUUUCGUCUUGUACGACAAUCCUGUAUAAAUUACAUUUUCAAAAAAAUUCCAUACCAUAGUCUACAUUUAUCACCAUUUCAGAUUUUAUCUAUCGAUUCAAAAAAAAAAACACCAGCAAACCUUUCUCAGCGAGGAAAAAAACCUCGUAUUCGGCUCGACACAGUGAGCUGCUGCAUGUUUACCAACCCCUAUGGCACAUUUGCGGUUCGUUAUUUACGUUGACGUAACAAGUAAGGUCUACUCUGCUCCAUUUUCCAGAAUCGUACGUGAAAAUGGAGCACGUAAAGCCCGAAUGUCAUUUGAAAAUUUUUCAAUGAUGUGCCCAGUUAUAUACCACUCGUAUUUCGCAUUCGCGUACACAGUCGACCAAAUAUUUUACGUACAUCGCAGAAGAGAUUUAGUUGUGAUAUUUUUCACAUACGUGUACACGGUAUACGUAGAAAAAUAUAUACCCGAAUUGUACGUACACUAUACAUAGCGAGAGAGGGAAAAAAAUGAAGAUGAAAAAAAAAAAAAGGUUAAAACGAGCGGGCCAUUUUAGUAUAACUCUCGUGACGCGUAAAAAAAAUAUAAAAUAUUAACUAAAUUCAAUGCUAGUCGUAAAAUCCUAUCCCUUUAAUUAAUACUGACAUCAGUUUUCUUUGCUCGGUAAACACGUAGGGUUUGAAUAAUUAAACGCCCGGUAGCUUCAUAUUCUCCACGUCUGUCCUGUAUAUACUCGUAACUGUGCUAUGUGUGCUAUGUUUAUGAACUCGUGGUAUAUUGUAUAGUCCACAUAGCUCGAAAGAGGGGUACGUAGUACCUACCUCUACCUACGCUCUACAUAUAGGUACGUGUAAAAAGUAGCUUAAAAAUGGAUCCGAGUAAGCAAAAAAAUUAGUGCUGUCGUUUCGCAGAACACGUUCCUUUCGAAAUUCCACCUUUUUCUAUUAUUUACAAAAGACGAGCUAUGUGUCGUGCCAGCGCUUAUGUUUACACACAUUAAACCCUUCUCUGUUUCUCGUACACUUUUUCAACCGAUACAUAGAUACUUUAAAGCAGGGGUGUAGAACCUAGACAAGGAGGGUAUGGUCUACUGGCACGAACAAAACACAUUAGAUCAAUGACCACAAUUUUCUCGCUAAUUACUACAACAUAAUAGUUUUACAAAACGACGUCACGUAAUGGCUGAGAAAAUUAUUUUUUUAAAUCACGUUAAUAUCGCGACCUUUACAUCCGCUUCCCUGUGUUGUAUUUUUAAUGCUCGCAAAAUACUACAUACGCGAUACUUACAUAAGGCGAAUAACAUCGCUCGACAUUCGAGUUACUAUUUUUAUCUAAGAAGAAAAAAAAAAGCAAACUGCGUAUAAGCUACGUACUUCUUUCGCAGUUCAUCCUUUUUUUUCUCCCUCGCCCCAUCUCGCUCUCAGUGUAUCUCUUUUUUCUCUUUACUUUUCGUCGAAUCCUCUUAAGCGCUGUAUAAAGCACGCAGGAGUUGUUUUAAAUCCUUGAAAAUGUUUUUAAUGAGUUGGUUAAAUUUUUGCUCAGUUCGCAAAUUCGCGCUCAAAUCAACGUUUUCCUUGUUGAUGUUGGGAUUUUACUUUUUUUUUUUUUUUUACUUUUCGUUCUCGCGUUCCGAAGCUCGUAUAUACGACUAGGUAUUUUCUUUCCUCUUUUUCUUCACUUUGUUUGGCCCGGAGAGCCACGAUACGUUGUUAUUUUUAUACGUAUAUCUAUCGGUUUACUCUUAUGGGAAAAAUUGUUUCAUCCAACUCUUCGGGUCGUGUUAUAUCUAUCAAACAGUUUAUGAUAUUUUAUUCCAUCCUAUUAACAUAUAUUGACAGGAAAAGUUCCGAAAUUGCGACGAAAAGUUAAAACACUUUGAUAAAAUAUUACCUCGUCUGGUUGUUUGGAACAAAAAUUUUGGACUGAUAUCAACGUGUCUCAUACACAAAAAAAUAUUUUCAAUCAUAAACAUUUUAAUUGGAAUGACUGACGAGCACACAAUUUAAACUAGUUGAAAUAAAUUUUCCAAUUGCAAAAAAAAAUAAAACCACCAAAAAAAAUUGCUUACAAAAAAUUUGAAAAACGUGCGCCACUCUCAUAAUAUUGAAAAAUCGUCCUUAUUCGCUCUGCACCCCUUUCCCUCCUCCCACAAAAAUGCAAUAGACUUGGUUUUAGUAAUUUUGACAAUAGCAGGAUUUUUUGACAGUUUCAGCGAAAAACAGAAUUUUCUGACAACUUUUUUUUUUUUUUUUUUUUUUUUUUUUUUGGGUGUUUGUAAUUACUUGAUUAUUACACCCGUCGUAUGAGAUUUAAAUCAAGUUGGUAAGGUCAAGUUUUUUAAUUAGGUCUAAGAAUUUUUUAAUUUCGGAAGGGUCGUCUGGUAUGAAUAGGGAUCUUUCAUCUAUUUGUAGGGAUAGUCUGUGCUGAUGUAAGGAGGGACAUUGAAAUAGUAAGUGUUGGACAGAUAUAAGUUCUGAGAGGCAGAACUGACAUGUGGGUUUUGGGGCCUUUUCAUAGAGGUGAUUAUGUGUGAUUUUUGUGUGGCCAAUUCUCAGUCUGGUUAUAAUGAUUUCUUCGAGUCUGUUUAAGUGGGAGAGGUUUUUCCAAGGAUGGACUAAUUUUUUAUGUUGAAAGAGCUUGUUUGUGGUUUGGAGGGACCAAAAGUUUUGCCAUUUCUUAAGUGUGCUUUGGGUGAAGAUAGAUUUGAGGUCGUCAGCUGUGAUAAAUAUAAGGGGAGAAAGGAUGGUGGCAGAUUUUGCAUUAAUAUCUACAAUUUCAUUUCCUAAGAUUCCAACGUGGCUGGGUACAUACAUAAACUGUAUGAAGAAGUUUGAAUUUUGUAAGUCAAAUAGAGUUUUAUGAAUAUUUUGAAUUAGAAGGUGAUCGGAAAAAAGAUUUUGGAUAGCAGUUAGUGAGCUGAGGGAAUCACUUUGAAUUAAGAAGGACUUAUUUUCUGAUUCAUAAGCGAGUAUGUCACAGAGACAGUGGAAAAUAGCUGUGAGUUCGGCAGUGUAGAUUGAAGAACAGUUAUGGAUUUUAAAAUUUGAAAUUCUAUCAUUUAUAGAGUAUGCAUAUCCUGUGUGAAGUGUUGGUAUUUUUGAUCCAUCUGUAAAGCAAAGAUUGAAUUUUUUGUAUUCUGAUAAAAGUUCAAGAUAGUUCUGUUUUAUUACUAAUGGAGAGUGGCUAUUUUUUGGGUAGUUAAUAAGCUGUAGGUUGACUUGAGGAGGUUUUAGAAGCCAAGGGGGGUAUAAUAUUGGUUUUUGGAUGAGAGUUUUGGGAUUGAUUUGAAGAUCAUUCAACAUUGUGAUGAAAUUAGAAAUGGGUCCUUCUAUAUGAUCAAAAUGUUGGGGGUUGGGUGGGUUAAUUGAGUUUUGGAGUGGGUGGAAAGGGUUGGUGGAUGCAUUUGAGAUGAAUUUGUUUGUUAUGAGAGUUCUUCUGAAAUCUGGGGGUAAUUCUGCUGCUUCACAAUAUAGGCUAUCUAUUGGAGAGGAAUAGAGGGCUCCUAAACAGAUCCUUAGGGCUGAAUUUUGAAUUGUUUUUAGGAUAUUUGAAGUUUUAUUUGAGAUAUUUGCAAAACAUGGGCUUCCAUACUCAAUUUUACUGCGAAUUAGAGAUUUAUACAAGUGAAGUAGGAGUUUGCGAGAUGGUUUAUACUUGGUGUUUUUGAUUAUUUUCAACAGAUUUAGGCGUUUCAUGAUAUCUGAUUUUACUUUUAGAAAAUGAGGAGUCCAAUUUAGUUUUCUAUCAAAAGUUAAGCCAAGAAAUUUAGUUGUGGUUUUGAAUUCUAAAGAGUGUCCUUUGAAGUUGAGGAUGAGAUCUGGAGGAAUCUUAUUUUUUUUGGUGAAAAGUAUACAGUGGGUUUUUGACUCAGAGAAGGUUAGACCAUUUGAAUCUGCCCAUGAUUCAAUUUUUUCAAGGGUUUCUUGGAUUACUUGAAGAGCUAGUUGAAUAUUAUUUGAACGAAAGGAAAUGUUUAUAUCAUCAGCAAAGAUUCUCAGAGAAAUGGGUCUAGAAACAACAUUGGAAAUGUCAUCAAUCAAAAGUAUAAAUAAGACUGUGCUAAGAACUGAACCUUAGGGGACUCCAUUUUCAAUUUCAAAAAACUCUGAGUAUGUAUUGUCAACUCUCACUCUAAAAGUACGGUUUGUUAAGAAAUUCUGAAUAAAGUAAGCCAAAUGUCCUCUAAUUCCAAUGGAAUGUAAUUUUUGGAGAAUUUUAUAACGCCAGGCUUUAUCAAAUGCCUUUUCAAGAUCAAAAAAGACUGAAAGAACACUUUCUUUAUUCUGGAAGGCCGAACUAGGAUUUCUCGGUAGUUUUGGCGAACAGCAGAAUGUUUUGAUAAUUUGGGCUCAAAAAACAGGAUUUUUCGACAAAUUUGAAGGAAGAGUAGUUUGGGCCGAAGCAGGAUUUUUUAGAAAUUUUGGCAGGGGAAUAAAGAUUUUUAUAUUAUUUUGCCAAAAACGCAGAUGGUUUCGGCAAAAGAACAGGAUUUCUUGACGGUUUUGUAAAUUUUUGGCAGUUUUCUUUAAAAAAAGUUAUACUUUGUAAUUUUGACAAAAACAUGAUUUUCAACAGUGCUGGCAAAAGCCGGAUAUUUUGAUAAUUUUACCAAAAACUCACUUUUUUUUGUGGUUUUGACAAAAAAACAUUUCGGCAAUUUUGGCAAAGAGCAAGAUUUCUUUGGCAGUUUUGGCAAAAAGCGAGAUUUUUUGACGGUUUUGGCAAAAAGCAAGAUUUUUGGCAGUUUUGGCAAAAAGCAAUUUUUUGGCAGUAUUGGCAGAAGCAGAAUUUUUGGUAGUUUUAUCAAAAAAUCAGGCAUCUUUGGGGUAAAUGUGUCAAAACGCAGGAUUUUUGACAUUUUUGACAAAAAUACAGAUUUUUUUUGGCAGUUUUGGCGAAAAAAACAGGAUUGUUAGGGAGUUUUGGCAAAAAUGCAAGAUUUUUGGGCAGUAUUGGCAAGAAGCAAAUUUUUUUGGCAGUAUUGGCAAAAAGCAAGAUCUUGGCAGUUUUGGUUAAAAGCAAUUUUUUGGUAGUAUUGGCGAAAAGCGAGAUUUUUUGGCAGUUCUGGCAAAAAGCGAGAUUUUUUGGCAGUUUUGACAAGAGGCAAUUUUUUGGCAGUAUUAGCAGAAGCAGGAGUUUUGGUAGUUUUAUCAAAAAAGCAGGCAUCUUUAGAGUAAUUGUGACAAAACGCAGGAUUUUUGACAUUUUUGGCAAAAAUACAGAUUUUUUGGCAGUUAUGGCGAAAAAACAGGAUUGUUAGGGAGUUUUGGCAAAAAUUCAAGAUUUUUUGACAGUUUUGGCAAUAAAAAGCAAAUUUUUUGGCAGCAUUGGCAGGAGCAGAUUAAUGUGACAAAAUGCAGAAAUUUUGCAUUUUUGGCAAAAAUACAGAAUUUUUUGGCAGUUUUGGCAAAAAACAGGAUUGUUAGGAAGUUUUGGCAAAAAUGCAAGAGCUUUUGGCAUUUUUUGCAAAAAGCGAGAUUUUUUGGAAAUUUUGGCAAAAAUGAAGAUUUUUGGCAGUUUUGGCAGACAGUAAGAUUUCUUGGCAGUUUUGGCAAAAAGCAAUUAUUUUUUGGCAGUAUUGGCAAAAUGCGAGACUUCUUGGCAGUUUUGGAAAAAAGCAAGAUUUUAGCAAGUUUUGGCAAAAAAGCAGGCAUCCUUAAAGUAGGUGUGACAAAACGCAGGAUUUUUGAUAUUUUUGGCAAAAAUACAGAUUUUUUGGCAGUUUUGGUAAAAAAAAAAGGAUUUUGAGAAAGUUCUGGCAAAAAUGCAAGAUUUUCUGAUGGAUUUGGCAAAAAAGCAUAAUUUCCCAACAGUUUUACCAAAAAAAUUCAAUUUUGGAAAUUUCAGCAGUUCUGCAUAAAAAAAAUUAAUAAAAAGAUUUUAUUUUUAGCAAUGUUAACACCAGAAUAGUUUUUGACAGUUAAGCUGAAAAAUGAUUUUUCGCAGUUUGAUUCACAAUGAGGAUUUAAAAGCAGUUAUUUUGACAACAGCAAAACUUUUUGAAGUUUUAGCAAAAAAAUCAGGAACGUUGGGCAGUUUUGCAACAAAAUAACAUCAGAAAUUUUAGACAACUUUGGCAUUAAAAAAACCCUCCAGCUAAAAAUAGUACAAAAAAGGGGAACGCAAAGAUCUGCAGGAACUCAAUUUUGGUGAAAUUGUGAAAAAAACAACAAUAAUUGAAAAUCAUAGCACCGUCGAUUGUUAUGUUUUCAAUAUCGUGGCUUUCGAAUUUCAACUUAAUUAAAUUUCAUGAUACAAGCCUUUUAAUCCUCACAAUGAGCCUAAAAAUUGAAAAAAAAAUGGUUUCCUGGAUGGAUAAAAUCGUAAAAACUAUUUAUUUAUCAUUAAAAAGUUGAUUUGAAAAAAAAAAAAAAAAAAACAUAAUAACAUAAAUUUAAGCCCAAAAAACCAUUAAAUCUUUGAAUAUUAAUCGCAUGAAUUUUAUUCGUUUUCCGUUGCAAUAAUUAUUCAUCAAAAAAAGGUUCCUAUAAAAAUUUUCAAUUUCCCUUCCAGUUUACUCGAAGAAGAAAAUUUACAAUCUAAGAUUUGAGAAAUUCGAGUUUAAAACCGUCACCAAAAUUGACAAAAUCAUGAAAAACUGAAUUAUUUCUCAAAAGAAACGUAAUCGUCAUUCUACCUAUACUUAAUAUGUGUUUUGAAAAAAAAUACCCCAUUUUCACUGCUGUUGAAUUACCUGAAAAUUUUUAACGAAUAAUUUUUUUUUAAUUUACAGAAAAUCACCCCUUAAAGAAAUGAAGAGUGAUAUUCCAAAACUCGCUUUGUCCAUUUUUAUCAAAGUUGGGUUUUCAGUGGUACCGGGUAGAUGAAGUAUUAAUUCACAUUCCUACAUCAUCAACCUACCAAAAUGAGAUGUUAAAGUCACCUAAAUAGCCAAUUCACUAAAAAUUUAAAAAAAAUAAUGUUCCAAAACGCGCUUUGUCCAUUUUUAUUGAAAUUUUUUUCAGCAGUAUUUAGUGGAUGAAAUAUAUACCUACACUCCUACAUCAUAAAUCUACCCAAAUAAAGUGCUAAACUCGCCUAAAAAGCCAAUUUACCCGUUUAAAGGGAAACUGUUUUUCCUCUCUCCUGAAAAGUUGUGAAAAUGGACAAAGCGAGUUUUGGAAUAUCACUCUUCAAAUUAAUAAAUCAUGAAUCGUUCCAAAAGUCACUUUUAGAUGGUUUUGAUGCAUAAGAAAUUUCAGUAUCAGACAACUUGAAAAAAAUUUUAAAAAAAUUAUAAAAUUUCUUGUCAACUGUCAAAGUCAACGUUCCAAAAAAAAUUCCACACUACAAAGUGUCAUUUUAUUCGUGUUUUUUUCACAACCAAAAGUAAUUAUUAUUUACCUGUAAGUAUCUCGAGAAAAAUUUCUAUAAUAAUUACUUUCGUUUCACUCCGGUACGUAUCUACCUAAUGAAUAAAAACAUGAAAUUAAAAAUUUCGUACCGCUUUCAAAUUAUAAUUUUUUUUUUUCAAAUUUCACCUUUUCGACAAACAUCUGCCCACACACAAAAGUAUAAUAUACCCUCUCAAACGAAAAAUUUCCCGGUCAAAAUCCUGCCAUCCCCCACCCCCUAUACUUCUCCAUCACCUCGAACACUGGCAAAAAAAACCGUAUUUUUAAUUAAGGUAAAAUCACACACACCCAUAUAACAUCUCUUCGUUCUCCAGGAGCCUUUCUCAUUCACCGCAUAUGAAAAUUAAUAUUCGCAUUAACCGCUACAAUUUCAGCUAAAAACUUCUCGCUAUCGCCGCGAAACAAAAGGGGUGAAAAAAUCAAUACGACGACUGUAAGAGUACAUAAACGAGCCAACAAAAAGCCACCAAAUCUACAAAUAUUAACAUUUCAAUAUCUCAAGAAGACGUCAUUUUUCCCCCCACCACAUCCUGUCUCUCUCUUUUUAGUUUUUCACCAUUACUAGUCGAUCCAUCUCUCUCGAUGAUGAGAAGACUACACUCUCUGGCACACAUAAAGAGAGAAAAAAUUCAUCAAUACCUUACAGAAUUGUAAAAAUUCGUCGCGAAAUUUUCCACAUCGACUAAUCUAUUGUAGUCGAAAAAUCGUACGCUUCGGUCCAUUUAACCCAAGGUCAUCUCAAAUGGGUACUUAAAUUAUCAAAACUCCGUAUUUAUAUCUUUCGAUUCUUCAACAAUUGAAAAAAUCGUACGUACAAUCGUGUAACGAGCCGCAACAAAAGCCAUUUUUUUUCCUCCUGCAUGAAAAAUAGAGAGAAGAAGGUUUGAUUUAAAAAAAUAUAUAUACCCAAUCACCGUGAAAAAUUCCCCGUAGAAAAAGAAACACCGCGAUAUCGUCGAGGGAGCUGGGGAAAAAAUUCUCAUUAUAGUAAUCCAAUUAAAAAACCUAAUAUCUCAAAAUCCAGAGAUGCUGUUUUAACGUCGACGAAUUAAUUAAAUAAAAAAAUACUUUUUCAUUGCAUUUUGUACACGUUGUAAUUCUCUAUUGUUUUUUUUCUUUCUUUCUUUUACGUUCGUUUAUCGAAUUAAACUACUUAAUGUAUAACUAUAUUAUUGUAAAAGGAGAAAACACACUCGAGGAAAAAAAAAUUGAAUAAAAAGCUAAAGACAAUCAAUUUUACAAAAUUUAAAACGCGAUAAAAGCCCAGUCAAAGGAAAUGGCGUCCAACAGGGUACCUUGUGUAAGACAUCAAAUGGAUAACAAGACUUUUUAAAUUCCUAUUUACUCGUAGAUAGGUAUGCGAAUUGCGGCCAUAUUCUAUAAAAAAUCCAAGUACGAAUAGGUCUGAGCAAUAAUAUUUGUAUUCUUUACCAAGUAUACCUUUUUUUUUUUUUGUUAUUUAUAAAUUAUUGUAUUGUAUAAUUAUACGUGAGAAAAAAUUUUGUUGUAUUUAUGUGUAAAUAUAUUUAUGUAACUUCGUACGUGUACUUGGCUCUAUGGUAAUGUGAUUUUAGAAUAAUUUUGUUAAAUUUUUCUCCCAUUUUUCCCCCUCAUCACCCUAAAAUGUACGUCUUUAUAUAGCUUCUCGUCUCGUGUAAAAUAUAUAUAAGUCAACGUGUGCAAAAAGUAAACUGAAAAAUACCUUCGUCGAAUAAAAAGAAUAUAACAGAGAGUAGUAUUCUAAGGGUAGCGAGCAGGCAGCCAAACCAUGUAUAAUUCAUUCGUGUGCAUUCGGUCGAUGCUGAGUAUAAGAAAAAAGCUCAACUUAACGAAGCUAACAAGCUGUUUAAAAUGUCGCGCCUUUUCGCUCGCAGGUAUUCUCUACUCGUAUUCGCAGCAGAAAAACUAAAUUGUUUGUACUUUCGCCACAUUCUCGGCUCGUUGAAUGUGCGCGACCGAGUCUAUUCUUUCAUUUCAUUACAAGCAGGUGCGACUGUUUAAUCCAAUUAUCAUCGGUAGAUUCUCCGGCAAGCUUUUAAAAUCUGCUCUCGUAUUUGGCUAUUUCUUUUAUGUGGCCAAGACGACGCGAUGAGACGAGACGACAGAGGGAGAAACGCAUCUUGCAGUUUGUUGGUAAUUGCGUCAAUUGCGACGCCAUCGUCGUCUUGUUUCUUUAAUAAUAUUCGACGUCACGUUGAACCAUUUUGUAGUCUUAAAAAUAAAGCUGCGCCGGCUGCACCCUCGUAUAAUAAUCUGCAGUCUAUACCCGAACUUCUUACGUAGCUUUUUGUAAUCUCAACUCGGCCGAGACUGUAGAAAAAAGCCAAGCUGGAUGCCUUUUUUGCUCCAGUCUUAUAUAUAAAGGUACCUUUCGAUAAAAGUUUUCUUCUCUUCGUAACGCUCUACACGAUUCUCUCUCUCUCUUUCUCUCCGAGGCAAAGGCUCGUUAAAGCGUUAAAAUUUUCUCUAAUCGACCAUUUCCAAGUAUUUAAUUCGCGUUCUAUAUACGAAUUUGUAGACUGGACGGUUUCGUAUUUCGUAUACGAGAACGAGAUUUUUCGUCUAAAAAUUUACGACGACGACGUACGAUUCUGUUAACAUUUUCGCCCAUUUACACAACAAAGUUUCACAACUCGACGAGACUUUUAUAUUGUCUUCCUGCAUUUUUAGUACCUAUGUUAUUUUUCCCCCUCGUGUUUUUAUACAAUCGUGGUAUUUUUCGCCACACAGCCUCGCGCCCCGCUCCGCCGUAUAAAUAUUAAUUAUGAAAAAAUCGUUUUUCAGUUUACUUUAGCAUAUUGGCAGCAGCAGUAGCAGAAAGAGUAACAUAGUAACAACAACAACAAAGUUGUUGUGUUGAAAAAUACACUAAAAAAAGCCCUCUCAUUCGCGUAUAUAAAUAUGUAUAAGUAUCUGUGUGCUGUGUACGAAGAAAUGUAAAAUUCCCAUCUAUUUCUCUCUCCCCCCCUUCCCCUCUGCUGUGUUUCUUUCAUCUGUUAAAAGUUGGCGGCAACGGCAGUUACUAUAUUUUCAUGUUUGAAAGUUUCUUCUUUUAUUUUUCCUCAAAAAUCCUCGAAAAUUAAUUAAAAUAAAAACUCGACUGGUAGAGAAUUUUAACCCUACUUCAAAAAACCUAAAAUUAUAUAUAAAUUUCAACUCUUUCCAGCCAAGUAAAUUAAAACCAGCCAUUUUAAUUACUCGAUGUAAUUAAUUUACGACUUUCGUGUAUUUCUUCUUCGUUUUUUUUUCGUUUUCGUUUCGUUUUCGUUUCGUUUGGACUUUUUUUUUUGCCAACGUCAAUUUUAUUAUUCCAUGUUAGCGUUGUGUACCACAAAAUAAAACGUAUUGUAAAAAAAAAUGUUUCGUGUACAAUAAAUCGCUAAUUUUUACAAA